AUGGUUGUAGUUUGCAAUCCCGAUGCUGACAAUUAUAAAGUUUACUUCUACUUCUUUUCUAGUUCGGACGUUUCUUCUACUCCUUUCCUUACACCAGGACCUUCACAGUUUUUCAGCGGAAACAUCAUUUCUCAAGACCAAGGCAAUCUUGCACUUCAUUGCGACGAGGUUCCGCUUUUUCAAGAAAUUAAAGUAAAUGAGGACCUAUCUUGCUCUUUAGAGAAGAAUGUGACUGUAGUCGAUGAAGGAAUUUUCACAGCAAUAGAUCCGAAUGUUUUACGCGAAAACAGCAUUAUUGUGUUGGAAAGAGCUUUUACACCGGCGGCCAACAAUGUUACUUCUGAGCGAUUCUGGAUCGAGAUGCAUGAUUUGCAAGUGCAAUGGAUACAGCUGAUCCUCACGUCAUCAUUAAAUCGAAGAAUUGUCACAUUAUACACUUUGGCGUGUUGGAAAGUUCUCAUGAAAGUUUUUUCGAUGUUUAGAAAGCGGCCAAAGGGCUUUGAUGAAUCGAUCCAGUUCUAUAUUAUUGACUCAAUAAAAUUUCUGGAGCUCCUAACGUUGCGCGGAUAUCGUGAAGUCUCUAAUUUAUUGACUAAGUUUGUUAUCACAGUCAUUGGUCGUUACCUGAAGAAGCCGGGAAGGAUGAAUGAAAUGAGUCAGACAUGGACUCAAAGCAGGGAGAUGUUGCGAAUUGUUUGCCAGACUCCAACAAAUUUCGACGCAGUGCUGGAAAUUAUUGUUGCCGUCGAUGAGAUGAAAUUAGAAUUUCUAAAGGUGAUGACCUGUGACCGUGAGGAACGAAAUGUUGAGUUUAUUUGCUACGCCACGGAACAAAUAAAUGACCUCGUAAUCAGGGCUACACAGCGACUACAACAAUGUCGACAAGGUGUCAGGUCUACGCCUCCUUUCUGA